GUAUAAUUGGGAGCGGUUAAAGUCAGCUACUCUUUCUUCAGCUUAUAUCAGGGGUGGAGUAGAACACAGUCACGGUCAGCAGAGUCUGUUUCACACUCUUAGUUUGUUGUAAGGUUGUGUUUAUUUUCUUCACUUUAAGCCUCUAAAGUUGAAUAAUGGCAGUAGGAGGGGGACUGAGUUGCAUCAAGUACCUGAUGUUUGCCUUCAAUUUCCUGUUCUGGCUUGCAGGUACAGGAGUCCUGGCUGUUGCACUCUGGUUGCGCUUCGACAAAAGGACUGAAGGACUCUUUCAAGCGUCAGACGCCCCGUCCACUUUUCUCACUGGUGUUUACAUCCUCAUCGUGGCUGGAGCCCUCAUGAUGGUGGUCGGCUUCCUCGGAUGCUGUGGAGCCAUCAAAGAGUCGCCAUGCCUGCUGGGGCUGUUCUUCAUCUUCCUGCUGAUCAUCUUUGCAGCAGAAGUGGCUGCUGGAAUCUGGGGGCUGUCUAAUAAAGAUAAGAUUGUGCAAGAUGUUAAGCAGUUCUACACGCAGACGUACAAUAAUUACCUACAGACGAAGCAGCCAGCGCUGAAGGAGACUUUGAGGCUGAUUCAGUUUGGCCUUCAAUGCUGUGGUACAACUGGAACAAUUUUUGAUGGUGCUGCUGACACUUGUCCAAAGAAGGAGGGCUUGGAUGCUUUCAUCACCACGAGUUGCCCUGCUGCAAUAGAUGAAAUGUUUGACUCCAAGAUGCACAUUAUCGGCGGUGUGGGCAUUGGCAUUGGUGUAAUCAUGAUCUUUGGCAUGAUCUUCAGUAUGAUGCUGUGCUGUGCUGUCAAAAAAGGCAGAAAUAUUAUUUGAGUGCUCCUGGGUUCCUUUACUUCACGACUACCCUGCCUGAUCUUGAUUAGGCUUUAUGUAUAGGCAAUGUGUUCGCUGCCAAAGCUUAAUCUUUUUUAAUAAUGUGUGUGCUAAAAUACUAGUCUGCGAUUACCUACCUUGUUUAAUGAUUACCGUAGGUUAUGAUUGAGUAUUGGAAUUAGUUCUGUGCUUCUCGCUGUCUAAACCCUUGAGUUUUUACCAUAGUACAUGGCCUUAUUUGCAUUCAAAAUAUUUUAAUUUCUCUACUCUUGUAACUGUUUUAUUUUUACUUUAGUAAUUUUCAUUUUGAAAGAUUUGAUUUUACAAAGGUUUGUUUAUGCAAGUGUUUAAAGUUCUAAAUAAAAGUACCUUAUUAAACUUGG